GUCACAAACCGUUUUACCUUUCUGCAAGCUGCAGUCAGACUGAGACUAACAGAUUUUACCAGCCAGAUCUCUUGGCCUUUUUCGCUUAUCCUCCAUUUUCACGAUGUCUUCGCCAAAAUCUCCUGGCAAGUCACCAAGGUCUCCUCAGUCUCCUCCCGGGGCUGUGGAGGCAGCUGAAACCCCCGCGCAGCAGGCGCGAGAUGGAUUCAUUCAGCCUGCUUCGCUAAUAUGGCCCAGAACGGAUGUUACUGAUACCGAAUCCCUGCGCUCUUCCAUUUUGAACUACAAGUGGGUUCAUGGUAGACGCUUCCAUGCAUAUGGCGAUGGAACCUACUGGGGAGCGAAUGACGAUCGUCAGCAAGAAGCUGAAGAUUUGAUUCAUGAGUUGUUUCGGGUAGUCCUCGAUGGCAAGUUAUAUGAAGCUCCGAUUGGCAAGAAUCCGCAGAACGUACUUGAUGUCGGCUGCGGCACCGGUAUCUGGGCCAUUGAUAUGGCAGACUUGCACCCAUCAGCUGAAGUCAUCGGUGUUGAUCUCUCGCCGAUCCAACCAAACUUCAUCCCGCCUAACUGCAGAUUUGAAGUUGAUGAUAUCAACAAGGAGUGGACAUUUCCUGAGAAUAAGUUUGACUUUAUUCACAUUCGUUACAUGACUGGGACUGUCCCAGAUUGGACUGAACUUCUCAAGAAAGCUCAAAGGCAUCUCAAACCCGGUGGCUGGAUCGAGCACGUCGAACUUUGGGGAGACGCCAGAGCUGACGAUGAUACCAUGAGUCCCGAAUCUCCGCUCAAGACAUGGGUCAAGAUCUUUGAGCAAGUAGGCGAAAAGAUCGGAAAUCCUUUCUUCUGGAACCCCGCCGACGAAUUUGAGAAGGCAGGUUUGAAGAAUAUUACCGAGAAGAAGGUCAAAGUGCCUAUUGGUACUUGGGCGAAAGACAAGGAUCUCAAGCAGUGGGGUGCAUGGAACCGACAGUUCCUGCUACAAGGGUUGGAAGGCUUCUCUAUCCGCAGCUUGACGGAGCUUCUAGGAUGGGAGUACGAAAAAGCGCAGGUCUUCCUUGUGGAAAUGCGUAAAGAGCUGUUGAACCCAAAGCUUCACUCAUACGUGAUGGUAACCACUGUAUACGGCCAAAAGCCCGAGGCAUAGGUGAGGGGAUCUCGAGAGGAUGAUGACAUUGUCAGCUAUGGGGCAUUAUCAUUUUUAUCAAGACUAGGUCUAGUUGCUCUUUUGGCGUCAUAACAUGACCUAUAACUACAAGAAUGGUUGUCUAUACGACGAAUUCUAGAUUUCCCUGA